AUGCAAAGAUCAAAAGAAGUAAAGAAACACAAGUUUCAACUUAGAGGAUGCAAGGCAUUGUGCUGUAGUUGCAGACUCAGUGUAUCUUCUUCCUCUGAAGAAGCUGAAAGCUCGAAUUCUGUCAGAUUUCCAGCUAUCUCCAGCAUUGCACAUGCCAUGGUUCAAGAAAGAUUAGAUCAAAUGAUCAGAGAAAGACGGGAGGCAAGAAACGAAGAGAGAAGAAGGAUAAGACAUCGAGAAACUAAGUUCGUUGUUAUGGUAGCGAUGGAGAAAUCCUCUUAUGAUCCCAGAGAGGAUUUUAGAGAGUCCAUGGAGCAGAUGAUAAUUGUUAAUCGUAUUCGUGAUGCUAAGGAUCUUCGCAGCCUCUUAGAUUAUUAUUUGACAAUGAAUUCAGAGGAAUAUCGGGGCAUCAUACUCGAGGUAUUCCAUGAAGUUUGUACGAAUUUAUUUCUCUAUUGUAAGUGAGUAAUUAUUCAUCCAAGUAGAUAUUCUUGUUUAAUAAGCCUGAUAAAACAUUUAAUUCUGUUGAACUGGUUAUAGCCAGAACAGUGUAUUCACCUGUUAGGUUAGAUCUAGAUAUUCAGACAAA